AUGUCUAUGUUCAAAGUUGUACAACGGUCGUACUCAAAUAUGUCCAAAGGUUUGAAGCAUUUAGUGUCCAUUUCGGAUCUCAGCACGUCCGAGUUUGCCUCGCUGGUGGACCGGGCCGCAUACCAUAAGAAACUGAUCAAGUCUGGAGAGCCUGUUGGUUCUGAGAUCAGCGACGCCUUGAAGGGCAAGCUGGUGACUCUGAUGUUUUCCAAAAGAUCCACAAGAACCAGAGUCUCAUCGGAAGGUGCAGCGGUGUAUUUUGGCGGACACCCAAUGUUCCUUGGUAAAGACGAUAUCCAGCUGGGUGUGAACGAGUCGUUGUACGACACCACCAGAAUCAUCUCGUCCAUGACGUCCUGUAUAUUUGCGCGUGUGAACUCGCACUCCGAGAUCCAGCAGCUAUGCCAGCACUCGUCCGUGCCGAUCAUCAAUUCUCUUUGCGACACCUACCAUCCGUUGCAGGCCAUCUGCGAUAUCCUGACGAUCAAGGAGACUUUCGGCGAGACCAAGGGUCUGAAGCUCGCAUGGGUGGGCGACGCCAACAACGUGAUCAACGAUCUGGCCAUUGCGGCCCUAAAGAGCGGAAUCAGCGUGUCGAUUGCCAAUCCUGAAGGAAUUACCAUGAACCCAACCAUUUUGGAAGCUGCCAAGCUUGUCUCCGAAGAAACAGGAGCCACGCUCGAAACCUCGCACGAUCCAAAGAAAGCAUGUAAGGAUGCCAACAUCAUCGUCACCGACACGUUUGUCUCGAUGGGAGAAGAGGCCCAGAAACAGCAGAAACUCAAACAAUUCGCAUCGUUCCAGGUGAGCUCCGAGUUGACCAAGCUGGCAGCAGCCAACUGGAAGUUCAUGCAUUGUCUGCCUCGUCAUGCCGAGGAGGUGACGGACGAGGUCUUCUACGGCAAGAACUCGAUCGUGUUCGAAGAAGGAGAAAACCGGCUGUACGCUGCCAUUGCGGCCAUCGAGCACUUUGUGCUACCUAGUAAAUAA